AUGCAGGGUGACUACUACCGCUUCGCAGAAUUAGUCAGUCGUUUGCGCCCAAACGAGCACUGCCCGCACGACGUGGCCACGCUGCUCAAGGAGUUCUUCCGCGACCUGCCCGACCCGCUGCUCCCGCGCGACCUCUACCACGCCUUCGUGCACACGCAGCGUAUCCGCAAUCGGCGCCUGCAGUUCGAGGCCCUGCAGCACCUGGUGCAGCUGCUGCCGGCCGCCAACCGCGACACGCUGCACGCGCUCCUCACCUUCCUGGCCGUCGUGGCGGCGCACGCGGGCGAGCACCGCGACGCCUCAGGCGAGUGGGUGACGGGCAACAAGAUGGACAGCAACAACCUGGCGACCAUGUUCGCGCCCAACGUGCUGCACUGCGUCAAGCCCGGCUCGGGCUCCAAGGAGAUCAGCGCGGAGCGCGCGGAGGACCGCAUCGACGUCAUCAACGUCGUCCGCGCCAUGAUCGACCACCACCGCGCCAUCUUCACGUUGCCGCGAGACGCUGGACGAGGUGUACCUGCACAUGAUGGAUCAGACCCCGAGGCCCUGGACCAGCUGCUGCGCCUGCGCGACGCCCAGGCAGACGAGUUCGCGGACGAGCUGGAGAGCGGCAGCGAGGUGACGAGCCCCGUGGAAGCCCUGGCGCAGCCCGCGCAGCCCCCGCGCCGCGUGUGGUCGCGCGAGGAGUUCCUGCACGAGAGCGCCGCCACCGGCGGCCCCGACCUCGCCAUGCGCCCUAACAGGUAACUCCCCCCCACUCACACCGCCCCGCCCCGCACCACGGCGGCGGCGACACUUAGUUACCGCUAGGUCGGAUUCAGCACAAUUCUAGCGGCCGGCUGCUCCCAUCGGGAGUUUCCU